AUGGAUAAUGACAUUGGAAUUGCACAGGUUUUGCGGUGGCGUGAUGAGGCACAAGAGACAUUAAGAAAGGCACAGAAGUUGUGCACUGCUGCACAAUCGUCAUUGCAAAAGACACUACAGGACUUGGCUUUUGAACUUCCAAGGGAGUUAGAGUCAGUUGAGCACUUGUUUGACUCAUACCAGAAUCAGUUUGAGCGAAUUGACAAACAGAUCAAGAACUUGAAACGAAUAUUGAUGGAAAGUGUUGAUAAAGUGUUUAUUGAUAUUGAUAGUAUAUUGGUGCCGAGCUUGAGUCAAUUGGAUUCCACAAUAACGAGAUUGAAAGGGGUUACAGUACCUCUGUUUAUCCUCAACUCAACUGACACUGCUUCCAAAACUUUACUUGACUUUAUAGCCACAGACUCCAUUGAUCUUCUCAAGCACAACAUUGACGUAUAUAAAACAAAUUGCGCAAAGAUUAAACAAUUACUACUGGACGAGUUCCAAAGUCGCAUUUUAAACCUGUACCAACAGUUUUCAACUCAACAUGGCAUUGUUGAUACCGAGUUUGAGCGACUAGGACCAAUUCAAAUCGAAUUUCGUACUGCUCAUGGGAAAAUACUAGAAUCAAAAGGCGUUUUGGGAACGACACUCCAAGAAAAUCAAGCUUUAGAGAAUGAGUUGGUGUCGCUUUUGCAAAUGUUGACCAACCAUUUCGACCAGUGUAAUAAAGCCAUCGAGCUACUAUCCACGUCAAGCAGCAAUGUGAAUGUGAAUAUAGAAGUUUUGGCAAAUGACGCACAGGAAUUGAAUGAAGUUUUCAAAGAUCUCACCUCAAUUUACGACAUUGUGCUAACGAAUGAAACGAAAUCAAACAAGAUAUAUCAACAAUACAGCGCCUAUGUUGACAAAUCUCGCGACAUUAUCAGACUGGAAAUGGUGAAGAUGAGAGAUUUCAAAGUGACUUUGUUGCCCAAGUUCUUAAUCCUACUACACCGAUCAAUGAACAUAUUACAAACCUGUUCUAUAACUGAUGAGUCAUUUAAAGAGAUAUCGCCGUGUGAAAUCUAUUCAGAGACAAUAAAGCUGUUGGUGUUCCAUUACACCCAAUUCAUUGAAGUUUACGAAACAAAGUAUCUUACUGAAUUACAUCACGAAGAAUUUGUAUACCCGAGGAUUUUUUUGAAGAAAAUCAGAGAUUUUUUAAGUGAAGAUUUAUACCGUAUACAACUUGAAGAAACCAACCGCAGAAAGUUGUGGCUUGAAAAGUAUGGAGAGCUCAUUCCAAGAGAGUUCAAAUUGCCUGGAGAGGAUGAAGUGCCGGUGGUUGUGCAGGUCAUAACUGAAGGAUUAGAACAGAUACAAAAAGAAGAUGGUGUAGAGGAGUUUAAUGACGGGGAGGAGAAAGUUUUGCUAGAUUUGAUUAGGUCAAUCAAACAAAAGUAG